AUGUAUAGUAUGGGUAAUCAUGUGGAUGGGUUGAAGUUUGCUGGAGGGUCUUUCUCACUGCACGAGGAGAAGCCCCUGCGAGAACUGAUUGACAUGGCCCAUGAUAACGGCGUCUAUGUUUCAACGGGCGGCUGGGCGGAACACCUCCUCACACACCCCGAUGUGAACACGGUAUUCGAUCGAUACCUCAAGAAAUGCAAGGACCUCGGAUUCGAUGUUCUUGAGUUGUCUGCUGGUUUCCUAUCUAUUCCUGGGGACGACUGGCUUCGCCUCGUCGAUAAAGUCCAUUCAUACAAGCUGAAGCCCAAGCCAGAACUGGGAAUCCAAUUUGGAGCCGGAGGCGACACCCCGGGGUUCAGUGUGGGAACUUCUGAUCCCGGGAAACUUGUCGAUAUGGGCCACAAGUUUCUUGACGUUGGAGUGGAGCGUCUGAUGAUUGAGUCGGAGGGCAUCACUGAGAAUGUGGAGACGUGGAGGACGGAUGUGGUCUCCCAGAUUAUCAAGUCUUUGCCAUCCGAGAGAGUCAUGUUUGAAGCUGCUGAUCCUCAAGUCUUCAAUUGGUAUAUUCGAGAGUUUGGAAUUGAUGUCAAUCUUUUUGUGGAUCACAGCCAGAUUGUGCAGCUGGAAUGUCUACGGGCAGGAAUUUGGGGAACUGCAGACACUUGGGGCAAAGUGGUUUCCUUUCGCCCGGAGUAA